AUGUCGCCGACCUUCAUCGGCCUCAAGGGCCAGAACCUCGUCUACGCCGUGACAUUCUGCUGCUCAAUUGGCUUCCUGCUCUUCGGUUAUGACCUUGGCUUCAUGGGCGGGCUGACCACAUCGCCCGAGUUCCUCGCGGUCUUCGGGAACCCGAACGCGUCAUUGCUAGCCUUCCUGGUAGCCUCGUACGAGGUCGGGGCACUGCUGGGCGCGCUUUUCCAGUUCCUGCAGGGUGAUCACUUCGGCCGCAAGCCGAACAACCUGGCCGGCGCAGUGAUCGUUUCGAUCGGAGCGAUCCUGCAAGCAUCGACCUUCGGACUGGCGCAGUUCCUCGUCGGCCGGAUCGUCGCGGGCUUCGGGCUCGGCAUGAUGACGACGGUGAUUCCGAUCUGGUUGUCCGAGUGCAGUAUCCCGCAAUCCCGGGGCCGCAUGAUGGCCAUGCAGCUGUCUAAUCUGAUUGUCGGGCUGAUUCUAGCCAACUGGCUUGACUAUGGCCUCGCCGCGUACUCCGGCUCGGUGCAGUGGCGGUUUCCGUGCGCGUUUCAGAUCGUUUUCUGUGUGCUUGUUCUGGCGUUUAUGCCCUUUCUGCCGGAGUCGCCGCGGUAUCUAUGCGCCAAGGGUGAGACCAGCAGUGCCCGAGUUGUGCUGGCUGCUUUGAGAGGCGGAUUCCCGGACGAUGCGGUGGUGGUUGAGGAACUGAAGGAGAUUCAGUAUGCGAUUACGGUCGAGGCCGACGAGGCCGGGUCUUGGAAGGACGUGUUCAAGGACAACGGCAUGAGUGGUUCGACAAGGGUUGCGAUCGGGUGUGCCGCCAACCUCUGCCAGCAGAUGUCUGGUGUGAAUGUCAUGGGCUCGCUCGGGCCUUACGUGUUUCAGGAUUCCAUCGGGAUGAACAGAAAAAAUGCGAUGCUAGUCUCGGGUGGUCUGCAGGUAUUCUACUUUUUAAGCAGCCUGAUCCCCUGGUGGGCGAUUGACAGGGCUGGACGUCGACGACUAUUCAUGAUCGGAUCUACUGGGAUGGGGGUGUGCAUGCUGCUCUCUGCGAUCUUCGUGGGAAUCGGGACUAAAAAUCUGGGCUAUGCUGCAGCCGUCGCACUAUAUAUUUUUCAGUCAUUCUUCACGGUGGGAUGGCAGUCCAACAUGUGGAUCUAUCCGAGUGAACUACUACCCUUGAAGCUGCGACUGCGCGGCGGAGCCCUAGCGGUUGUGUCGCAGUGGCUGUUUACGUUCCUGGUGGUUGAAAUCACGCCUGUCAUGAUCACCAACAUUGGGUACAAGAGUUAUAUUGUUUUUGCGGUGAUCAACUUUGCUACCGUGCCGCUGGUUUAUUUUUGGUUCCCGGAGACCAGCAGGAUGCCUCUCGAAGCGGUUGAUUUAUUGUUUGCGGAUCGCAAUGGGCAGAGGCCUUCGCUGUUUCAAGUCGUUCGGGACUCCACCAACAAAGAAUUUGUGAUGGAGAUGGAGAGACAACUUCAAGAGAGAGCACGGAUGAGGACUAGGGACACACAAGCCGAGGAUAAGACUGAGCACUUGGAAGUGGAAAUAGCUUAA